AGAAAAAAAGAAAAACCGUUUCCCUCCGUCGUUCUUCCUCCCUCUCCCUCUCACGUUCAGCUCCCACCCCUGCAGUUUCCCCGGCGACUUGCAGCAGCUCCGACCGGCGACAUUAUCUGAACAACGAUCAACGCUCACUUCCAGACAGAGAAAAGCGGUGCGCGAUCACCCACGUCGGAAUCCUUGCUGGACGGCGUGCGGCUCACCCACGAACCAGAGGCGUGACAACGACGCUAUUCCGGCGGAUCUAGUCAAGAAGUGCUCGUGCAAUUCUCUCGACCCCACAACCUGCAUCCGCGACGACAGAUUUUCAACGCAAAUACCUCCUUGCGGCAGUGGACAGCCACUCACAAACGAACCCGUUCUGCUUUAUAUUCGCAACCUCGAGUGAUCUCAGAUUGGGUACUCAGAUCUGAAUACACAAGCCUUUUCGGAUUUUUGUGUUUGCUUCUCUUUAUGAUGGAUUCUAGUAUUACUAUUGCUGCCGUAAUUCUCAGUAUCAGCUUGAUUUUGAGUCGUGUUCUUUACGUCAUAUAUUGGAGUGGUAGACCCGUUCGAAACAAAAGAGUGGAACCUGUUAGUACCCUCAUUGUUUUAGGCUCAGGGGGCCACACGGCGGAGAUGCUCAAUGUGUUGUCUGUGCUGCAGAAGGACUUGUUUGCUCCAAGAUUCUACAUUGCUGCUGCAACGGAUAACAUGAGUCUUCAAAAGGCUCGUACGUAUGAAAACCAACUGGCUGAUAAGACCGGGGCUGAGGUAGACAGGAUUGCACAGUUUAUGCAGAUCUACAGAAGUAGGGAAGUAGGACAAUCAUAUUUCACUUCUGUUUGGACAACUUUGAUUGCCACAUUGCACGCACUCUGGCUAAUGCUUAAACUUAGACCUCAAGUGAUUCUCUGCAAUGGCCCUGGUACCUGCAUCCCUCUAUGCGUAAUUGCAUUCAUAUUCAAGGUUAUGGGGAUUAGGUGGUCUUCCAUUUUUUAUGUGGAAAGCAUUGCAAGAGUGAAGAGAUUAUCACUAAGUGGCUUGAUUUUAUAUAAGUUAUACAUGGCUGAUCAGUUCUUUGUGCAAUGGCCACAACUACAGAGGAUAUAUCCCCGCGCUCGCUACGUCGGUUGUCUCAUGUAGUUCACAACGAAAUUCCAUACAGAUUAGUAUACAUUUCUGAUUCUUACUGCUCAAAUCAUGACUGAGUUGAUCAUCA